CGCAACCAUGCGAAGUGUCUUCUCUCUGGAUACAGAAGUGGUGGUGCUGAGAGCGGUGCGAGGUAGGGACGCCCGCCUCCCUUGCGGGCAAGGCAAGGUGUUUCUGGACGGGCCCGACUCAUACGUGCUGUGGCUGAAGAAUGAUCGGGAGUUCCUCUAUCGCUUCCCGAACGAAGACACCGACACCAGAUCCUUAAGCCGAGACCAAGUGUUCGGCACGUCGUGCGAUGGUGGCAGCUGUCACGACGACACCUCUCUCCUUCUGAAGCGAGUGAGUGACAGAGACGCAGGCAUAUAUCGCUGUCGCGUGCACUACCAGGCCUCUCCUUCUGUUGACUACGUCAUUGACGUCCGAUUAGUUGAUUCGCCCGGUACUCCUCGCAUCUACAAUGAAGAGGGAGAGGAGAUGAGACGAGGUUACGUCGGUCCUAUCAGUCUGGGGGCGAGCUUCACGCUGGUCUGCGAAGUAGAUGAUGAACAACCAGACACCCUAGUUUACUGGCGUCGCAACGGAGCGGUGAUCGAGCGCGCACACAGCGCACGCAACGGCGUGUUGCGCGCCGACGUGCACGUACGCAACGCGACGCGCGCCGAACUCGACGCGCACUACGAGUGCCUUGCGCACAACGCCGACGUCACCGACCCGCUCAGCGCUAGUGUGCUCGUCAAGAUGUACCUGCCUCCGUUGACGGUGGAGAUCCGCAUCAACAAUAACGUGGACUUCGAAGCCGGGCAGCCGCGCGUGGUGGACUGUGUCGUGGUGGGGUGCGUCCCCCCUCCCGCCAUCACGUGGCACCUGGGGGACACCCUGCUCAGGCCUAGCGUACACAAGGAGUUACAUGACGGCAACUACACGGUCUCGUCGCUGACACUAGCACCAUCUCUGCGCGACAGCAAGCACGAGUUGGUGUGCCGAGCGCACAACUCCCACAUACCCGACACCAUGUUCGAGGACAAAGUCGUCUUGAAUGUUGGUUACCGGCCGAUCUGCCUUACCAAUCGCGAGGAGACGAUCGGCGCAGUCCAGCGAGAUGCGGAGACUGUCACUUGCGUGGUGGAAGCAUCGCCAGAGCCACUGCAGUUCAGUUGGACCUUCGCUGACUCGCGAACCUUGUAUACCAGUGUCAAGAAAGUGGCAGGCCAUCAUCACCGAUACUCAUCUACGCUGACCUGGCUGCCGAAGGAGGGCGACGUGGGGGCGCUGCUCUGCCGUGCCACCAACGCCUUUGGAGAGCAGAAGCGCCCCUGCUCCUAUACUGUCGCCCCCGGCGGGGCUCCCAGCCCUCCAGAGUGUGUCGUACUCCGGUCGUAUCCUAGCGCUUUAAGGGUGCAGUGUAAAAAAGGUUGGGACGGCGGUCGUCCUCAGACGGUGCACUUGGAACUCGUAGACUCCGAUGGUACAGUCCUGUACAACGUGUCGGACCCCGCCGGCCACUUCCACCUGCCAGAUGUGGAGGAGGGGCGCAACCUUAGUGCAGUGGUGUACGCCAGCAACGUAAGGGGAAGGAGUGACAGUAGGACUAUGCACCUGCAGAUUAUGACGCCGUUGAGCGCUUCAGCGGUGACAGAAGAAGCGCCUGGGUCGUGGAUGCGGUGGGUGGAGGGGUGUGCGGGCGUGGCGGCGGCGACGGUGGCGCUCGCAGCUACCGCGCUGUGCGUGCGCGCAGUGCGGGCGCGCCGGCACCACACCGACCUCAACCCCGACCUCGUGCCUCGCUCCGAUGGUUCGUUCCACCGGGAGCCGGACUUCGCCCGCGAGGAGCGACUGCUCGGCACCACCAACAUUACCGUCAACCAGCUUGCCGCCUGCCAAAAUCAGUAUUCGUCGUCACCUGUGCCGUCGUGCCGAGUGCUGGUGGGGUGUGCGCAUACGCCGCCUGUGGAGCCGUGCGCAACCGGCCAGCAUUCCUACUUCGUUUAGGCCACAGACGACAUAAAAGUGACGUUUACCGUAACGGCGUCUGUUGCUACCAGCGGUGUUUAUUCUCUAAGGCGCUGGCGUAUGUCAGGAAGAUACUACGUAUAGAACGGUAACUCUGCCCCGCACCAAUUCGUUUCGGGGGCUGACCUCACCCCCUUUGGGUCUUACUUUAGUCUGAAAUGGCUGUGAACUGCUAAGGGGUAAGGGUACAGUCCGCGGACUGUAUCUAGCUCGCACUUACGUGUUAAGCGGCACCUGGAAAGUCAAGAUUUUUGUAUGGGUUACCCGGAGUUUGCUUUAACGCUGAUAAACGUCAGUUUGAUAAGUUUCGUCGACGAGCGGCCGUCAAUGCGCCUUCCACGCGCGCUGGCGU